AUGCCCGACACCCAUCCCAUCGAGCCGGAGCCUCAAACACAACAAGCACAAGAAGCCACAAGACAGUCCAACCCAGCGCCCUUUCAACCGGCCGCCCUCUCUCCCUCGUCCACCUUGUCUGUGUCCUCAUCCAACACUUCUUCGGCCCCUUCAUCUAGACAGCCGCACCACAAGCGCUUCUUCUCGCUCAGUAGUUUGGAGAGUUCGUCGACUACCAUCCUCAACACCAUCCGCUCGCGCUCUCCUCUACCCCGCGCGUCCACCCCGGUAGACUCCACUGAGCGUCACCAAAACCGCCGUAAAUCAUCUUCACCACCACCCACGGGCCCGGCAACGGAAUCGCCUAUUCCGCGUAGCAGCUCGCCGACAGAAAUGUCGCCGACCUCGUCAGUCAUCUCGCCGCGUCCGAGCUUCUCUCACAGUCGCAUGCCCUCGGACGGGAUCAUUGGCAUCUCGUCAACACGGACCAGAACCGACAGCCACAAGCGAUAUAGUGGUACGCUGAACCACCACGGACGGCACACUAAUGAUUGGCUGUUUGGCGGGUUCAGUGUCCGGGACACUUUCCGCGAUGGAAUCGACAGGCUGAAGGGUCAUAACGACCGGGAUUGA